AUGGGAAGCAGGAAUUAUGACAAUUUGCGAACGCCGGAGGGAUGGCAAGACCACUUGAUUUCUGAAAUGUUCAAUUUGGCCGUUUCCGAGCUUGACAAUACUGCCGCCGCAAUAGCUAAUCUCGAAUCUGCGUAUUCCGAAGAGGAGUUUCAAGAAGAAAAUAAUCCCUAUUUCACAUUUGGAAGAGAACGAAAACUUCCAAAUCAUGAUGCCAUUUACGGAGCUUGGGAACCCGUAGAACCUCGAACAAGCACUGCGCAUGAUUGCUGGGAGCCAAUCUCGCUUGAAGAUGUAAAAGAGGAAAUGAAGACUUUGGAUAGUGAAGACGGCCAAAGUCAAACCAAAGGAGAGGAUUAG